UUUGAUUUAUUUGCAGGUUAUGAUUCAUAGUUGGAUCAAUUUUAAGAUGAUCCUCCAAAUCUGAAGGCUGAUUUUUUUCCUUUUCUUUCUAUUUCCUGAUUUGGGUACAAGGGUUAAAGCGUCAAAAUUUUGAUAAACUCCAGUCAUAGUAUGGGAUAUCUGAAUUCGGUUUUGCAAUCUUCGAGCCAGGUUCAUGAAGUUCGACCUGUCUGCGGCGGAGGGCUUAGUCAGAAUGGAAAGUUCAGCUAUGGCUAUGCAAGCUCUCCAGGGAAGAGGUCUUCGAUGGAGGAUUUUUACGAAACAAUGAUUGACGGUGUUGAUGGAGAGAUAGUUGGCCUUUUUGGAGUAUUUGAUGGUCACGGAGGUGUACGAGCCGCUGAAUAUGUGAAGCGCCACCUUUUUAGUAAUUUGAUCAAGCAUCCAAAGUUCAUAUCUGACACCAAGUCUGCUAUAGUGGAUGCAUACAAUCAUACAGACUCUGAAUUUUUAAAAUCAGAAAAUAACCAGAAUAGGGAUGCUGGAUCGACUGCUUCAACGGCUAUACUUGUUGGUGACCGUUUGCUAGUUGCUAAUGUUGGGGAUUCCCGAGCUGUUAUCUGCAGAGGAGGCAAUGCUAUUGCUGUGUCUCGUGAUCACAAGCCCGAUCAAAGUGAUGAGCGACAACGGAUUGAGAAUGCAGGAGGGUUUGUCAUGUGGGCUGGAACUUGGAGAGUGGGAGGUGUUCUUGCUGUUUCUCGCGCAUUUGGUGACAGGCACUUAAAGCAGUAUGUUGUUGCUGAUCCAGAAAUCCAGGAGGAAAAGGUUGAUAGCUCUCUUGAGUUCCUUAUACUUGCAAGCGAUGGACUGUGGGACGUUGUAUCAAAUGAGGAGGCUGUGGCAAUAGUAAAGCCAAUACAGGAUCCCGAGCAAGCAGCAAAGCAGCUGAUGCAAGAGGCAUCCCAGAGGGGUAGUGCAGAUAACAUCACUUGUUUGGUGGUCCGUUUCAUGGCCAAUCAAGAAGGUUCUUCUGCCAAUCAAGCCGGUUCCCCUCGCAAUGUUUCUGCGUAAGCAAAGCAUAACCCUUGCUUGCCACCCAAGGUUUUAGGGUUUGAUUCACUAGUUGAUUGAAAACCGAGGUUAAAUAUAAACUUCAGUAGUGAUAGUUAAGUCAAUGAAAACUAUUAAAGAGAACGGGUAUGUACGAGGAGAAAAGUCUACUGAUGUACAUUA